AUGAUGAAGCUUUAAGAUGCCUUCAACGUUAUUAACGUCAGAAAUUAGAUUGAACUUCCCCAAAUAGUAGUAGUAGGAUCUUAGUCAACAGGAAAAUCAUCUGUAUUAGAAUCAAUAGUGGGAAGGGACUUCUUGCCUAGAGGAUCUGGCAUAGUCACAAGAUGCCCUCUGGUGCUUUAACUUAGGAGAGUAAUGCCAUAAGAAUUGAUUAAAAAGCAGAAUCAAAAUGGAACUGAGGGAAUAUCAGCUAGUAAUAAUACUGAGUAUGGAGAGUUUUUGCACAGAAAAGGAGAAAAAUACUUCGAUUUUGCAAAAAUCAGAACUGAAAUUGAAGAGCAAACCAAUAGAAUUGCUGGGUCAGACAAAAAUAUCUCUGAUGAACCUAUUAGUUUGACAAUAUACUCUCCAAAUGUUGUAGACCUUACCCUUGUAGAUUUGCCAGGUAUAACUAAAGUACCAAUUAGAGGGUAACCCCAAGACAUUGAAGAAUAAAUCAAGAGAAUUACUUACAAGUACAUUUUGCAAUAAAACUCUCUAAUUCUCGCAUUAACAGCAGCAAACACAGAUUUGGCCAAUUCUGAUGCUCUUAAGAUGGCCAGAGAAGUAGAUCCAGAAGGAGAAAGAACUAUCGGUGUCGUUACUAAAAUAGAUCUUAUGGACUAGGGUACUGAUGCCCUUGAUCUUCUGCAGGGAAAGAUUUAUAACCUAAAACUAGGCUACUAUGGAGUUAAGUGCAGAUCUUAAAAAUAAAUUGAUCAAAAUAUAAGCAUUAGAGAUGCCAUAAAGAAUGAAAGAGAAUUUUUCUCAACUCACCCUAUUUAUUAGAAUCACUCAGAUAGAUUGGGAGUUGGAUUUUUGUCUGAGAGCCUAAAUAGAAUAUUGUGUACUCAUAUAAUUAAAUGUAUUCCUUAGCUAUCAAGACAAAUUAAUGAAUUACUGCAGAGCAAAGAAAUGGAUUUAGUCUAGCUAGAAAUGAAUAGUAUUUCGAUUGAUGGUGAUAAAGGUCCUAUCGUCUUAAAUCUUAUAAACAAAUUCACUCAAACUUAUGGAGAUAUGAUUGAGGGUAAAUUUGUCAAAGAAAGCGCAGUAGAUUGCUUUGGUGGUUCUAGAAUCAACUACAUUUUUCACAACAUAUUCGUGAAAUCUAUUAGAGAUAUUGACCCCUUCUAAUAUUUGACUGAGCAGGAUAUUUAAACAGCCAUAAAAAAUGCACAAGCAUUAUCACCCAGUCUUUUUGUUCCUGAAGUUGCAUUCGAAGUACUAGUAAGACAGCAAAUAGCUAGAUUGCUUGAACCAUCAGUUGAGUGUGCAAGGAAAGUUUACAAAGAGCUAAGAGAUAUAGUUGGAAAGAUAGAUUUCUAGGACAUCAAUAGAUUCUAAAGGUUAAAAUAUAAAAUUUGUGAUGUAAUGGAGAACGUACUUGAUAAAUGUCUAACUCCUACUUCAGAUAUGAUCAUAUAAUUGAUCGAAAUUGAAAACGCUCAUAUAAAUACGAAUCAUCCUGACUUUGUAGGAAGUGCAGAUACUCUGCUCAAUUUAUUUUCAGGUGAAAGAGAGCAAUAAAUGAACCCACCAAUGGAAGAGCCAAAUCAAUAGUAAAAAUAAUUCACUCUUUUAAACAAGGGUAAAGGAGGUUAGUAGGAAGGGAACAAUCCUAAAGAAGAAAAUAAAAAGGGUCAAAGUGGAUUGAAUUAAUCAUAAAUGAUCAAAUCAUCAGUCAAUAGCAAGCAACAAAACAAUUAAGAAGAGGAGAAGGUGUCUCAAUAAUAAUAAUAGUAGUAACAAGAAAAAGGAGGCUAUUUCUUUGGGUUCUUUGGUGGAAACAAUUAAAAUUAGACUAAAGGUAACAAUUUGAACUAAAGUGAAUUGAUAGAUAACAGUGAUAAGGAUUUAGAACAAAUCUAAAAGAGAAAUAAAAUGUAGCAAGCCCAAAUAAAGUAAAGAUAGUAGAGAGAAGAAUUUGAGAUUUUGCAGAGAUUUGGGGUUGAAUAAGCUCACUAUGACAAGAGUAAUUUGCCCCCUGUGCUUUUGCCUGCUAUUCCAAGCAAAAUGAGAGCAAAUUCCAAUGAUGAAAACCCCAGAAUUAUAAUGGAGACUAUAAUCAUACAAAAUCUUAUUCAGAGUUACUUCGCAAUAGUGAAGAAAAAUAUAGCAGAUUUAGUGCCUAAGACAAUUAUGGCUUUCCUAGUAAAUGAAAGCAGAAAUAUUGCUUAGAGAGAACUCGUAGGUGAAAUCUAUAAGAUUGGAAACCUCGAUGAAUUAUUGGUUGAGGAUCCAGUAGUUUCUUAGACUAGAGAGCAGAGGAAAAAAGAAAUAGCAUCACUUAGGAUGGCUCAGACUCUUCUCAAUGAUGUCACCUAGUAUAAAUUCUGA